ACACCUGCCUCGUUUUAGUAGUUAACCGGAAAAAAAAUCGUCUACCAGCAGUCCAGUAAUACAAGUUCGUGGUGUGAUUGCCAUAUUAGAUCGUAAGUCACGCCCCUGGCUGCUUUCAGUCGGCAAAAUGCUUGUGAACACUAGGCACGAACUGCGGUCUCGCGUCAGUGACAAGAGCCGGCGAGACAGAGACGACCUUGUGACCUUGCUAAAACUUAGUAUUAGCAUCGCGUUUGGCGAGCCUGGGCCUCGCACCAGCCUGACACAAGCGGUCUUAUGUCGUGGCAACCAAGCAGUUAAGCUCGUGACAAACUAGAUGACAGCCGACGCAAGAGGGCGCAAUCAGCGAGAUGAAACAGUUGUUGGAUUUAUUCCUCUCCCUGACAAUUAAAAUACCGACCCAGCAUUCAUUAGGUCCACUGCCUCGCUGCUGCUUGGAAAACAAAGUCCGGUGAGGCUUUCUGCUGGCAGGACUGUGUGUAGGACUGUGUCCCAGGACAAGUCUCACUGGAGGUAAUUAAUUAACUGAUUGUCGAAGAGGGAAUUAAGAUCGGAUUGUGGAAGGAGCCGCGGGCAAAGAAGAAAGCUCAAGUUGCCUCACUUUGAAUUCCCUGAAAGAACAGUGAGGCAAGCCAGCCUUGCUAGUGUCCCGACUUCUCUCAGUUCUCAUCGCCUCUUGUUCAGAAUGUUGUGUCUGCUUGCUGUCCUUCUGGUUUGUCUGCCCACCAUUCAAGGUCUCUGCUUCACACCCAGGCUGCAUGGUUUUACCCCUGACAUCUUCCUCCACGGGCUGAGCUCCGACAUCUACUGCCCCCAACCUCUGGCUUUCGACCGCUACCUCUGCAUGUGUGUCGAUCCUGCCCUGGUCACAGUGCAAGACCUCACCUUGCUGGAUCCCCGGGAGCUGAACAGGCACGCCCCCUUCCACCUACACGAGGUGGUGGGUCUGCCGGACAUGCACAAGCCCGGGCACUGGCGUCCGCCCAACGGUCCGGCGGUGGGUGUUCCCGUGGUGGCGCCUCUCAGCCCGUUUCCCAGCUUCAAUCUGCCAGCCACCAGUGACAUCCUCAAGGCUGCAGCCAGGGCCAAGAUGAUGCGCGCCACCUUCCCCUCCAAGCAGCAGGAGCUGUUGGACAAGAUGCGCUGGCAGCAACAGCUGAAGCAGUCAGCCGUCAUGGUCACACCUAACAACACGCCAAUGACCGGCGCCGGUGGGGUCGCCCUCGACGACUUCGUCAGGGAAGCUAUGCGGAGAGUUCUAUACGGUUAUUAGAUCAAUGGAACGUCAUGAGGUCAACAGAACAUUGUCUUAUGCAAGUUGUCUCACUAAGCCUCUCAUCUGACUUGAACGAUGGUCAGCAGCAGCCUCCUUUUGUCGCUAGUUGUACGGGAGCACAUUUUUCUGGCACCUCUCUGUAGUAAUUACGUUAUCUUCAAAUUCUAUACUUUCAAUAGAUGGUCAGUAAAGUUGUUGUUGGAAGCAGCUUACGUCAAUGCCAUUUUCUGAUGAUACCAUAUUGAUACUAAUGUGAUCACUUACCAAGCAAAGUGCAAGAAAAAGAACUGAUAUAUCAAAUAUCAAAUAGGGUACUGAAACGCAGUUCAGCUUUUCUCCAUUCAAGACAUUUGAUGUACAGUUUUGCAGGUUUGUUAGAGUGCAAGACAGUAUACUGUCACCAGGUGAUGGCCAUAAUGCAAAGCAGUACAAUAAUUUAGCAUAGAUGAGAGCAGUAGUAUUGAGAGCAUCAACAGAACAAUUACUUGUUUACAAAUAACAGUUUAAUACCUAGUAGGAUAAAAUAAUUAAUUAAACAGUAAGUAUAAUGUGGCAUGACAAGCAGAUCACAAUUCCUUGCCCUGGCUUCUGAACAGAACUGACAUCACGACAGAGUGAACAAAGCUGACUGGAUAAACAAACUGGCUAUUAGUAUACAUUCACUGUGCUUGCCUGCAAUCCAGUUGAUAGUAAAUAUUUUGGCGCCUGUACAUCUACCACAGAAAAGAAAGAGAAAGCCUUCGUAAACUCUGACAAUCUACAGUCAAGAUGAGUAAAUAUUUCUUGCAUCAUGCAAAUAACAAACCUCAGUGCUAUCAUCAGUUGCAUCACUAUCUCAUGAAAUGACAAUAUUGUUUGAAAGAGGACUAACAAAAAGCAAUGGACAUGCUGGAAGCUCAUUUACUUGUUGAAAUUUAAAUGUGGAAACUAAUUAGAAUGUAAAUUGCACUAUUAUUACAUGCCUGAAUAAUGUAAAGUUCAGCAGGAUGAACACACAGCAGCCCAAUCUUUACAGAGAAAAUAAAACCAAACAUGCAUGCCAUGUAACUCAAUGGCUUUUGAUAUGCAAUGUAUAUACAUAAAUAAAAUUCAGUGAUGUCGUAUCA